UGUGACUCUGAGCGUAAACAGGAAGCAGCUGAUCCUCUGUGCGCUUCCAGCGAGUAAUGUGUGCGGCUCUGCUCCCAAAAACAACCACAAACCACUGUGUAAAGUUGCUCGAACACACUCAACCGUUCUACCCUGACGGGGAGAGCAGCUGCAGACGCUUCAGUCAUCUGACCUGCAGACAAACCAGAGGAAUCCUCUCCACCGCGUCUGCUGAGGGGGAUGUCAAACACAGCAAUGAAGAAAAAGGUGCUAUUGAUGGGAAAAAGUGGGUCUGGAAAGACCAGUAUGAGAUCAAUCAUCUUUGCUAAUUACAUAGCUCGGGACACACGUCGCCUUGGAGCUACAAUUGACGUGGAGCACUCCCAUGUUCGGUUUCUUGGCAAUCUGGUUCUAAACCUGUGGGACUGUGGAGGCCAGGACACCUUCAUGGAGAACUAUUUCACCAGCCAGAGGGAUAACAUCUUUAGAAAUGUGGAGGUUCUUAUUUACGUAUUUGAUGUUGAAAGCCGUGAGCUGGAGAAGGACAUGCACUAUUACCAGUCGUGUCUGGAAGCCAUCCUGCAGAACUCCCCCGAUGCCAAAGUGUUCUGUCUUGUGCACAAAAUGGACCUGGUUCAGGAAGACCAGAGAGAUUUGAUAUUUAAGGAGCGUGAAGAAGAUCUGAAGAGACUGUCUAGACCUUUGGCUUGCACAUGUUUCAGGACGUCAAUCUGGGACGAAACCCUGUAUAAGGCCUGGUCCAGCAUAGUUUACCAGCUCAUCCCAAAUGUCCAGCAGCUGGAAACAAACCUGAGAAAUUUUGCACAGAUCAUUGAAGCAGAUGAAGUUCUUCUCUUUGAGAGGGCCACCUUCCUGGUGAUCUCCCACUACCAGUGCAAAGAGCAGCGUGACGCUCACAGGUUUGAGAAGAUCAGUAACAUUAUCAAACAGUUCAAACUCAGCUGUAGUAAACUCGCAGCCUCUUUCCAGAGCAUGGAGGUGAGGAACUCCAACUUUGCAGCCUUCAUUGACGUCUUCACUUCCAACACAUAUGUCAUGGUCAUCAUGUCGGACCCCUCCAUCCCAUCUGCAGCCACUCUCAUCAAUAUCCGCAAUGCUAGGAAACACUUUGAGAAGUUGGAGCGCGUUGAUGGACCCAAGCACAGCCUGCACAUGCGGAUGCGUUAGCCCACGCUUUACUCCCAGUGGAUACUCUCAGCCAAUCAGUCCACAGAGCGCAGACAGCAUGCCGUAGUCUUGCAGCUCAGAUAAAAACGAGCAACCCCGGCACCUUCUCUAUUUUAUCUUCACAUUCAAUCACCGUCAUUAUGGGAGAAAUCUUAUUUUCUCUUGGUCUAAUUUUUACAGUGAUCAGGAGUAUCUUGGAGAGUGAUGCCUUCUGUUGAGAUAUUUGUCCUAACUUGACACAUUAAAGGAAAAAGAAAGUUGUGUUUACUUCAGAGGGGACUGCCUUUGCUGUCACACGUGUUGUAUCCGUUGGAAUGGUUCACUCCAGGCAGUGAAUUGAGCUGAUUAGUGACGCUGGCUCCAGAAGAUUUGUGGCGGACUCUGUUUGACUUUCAAAUGUGGCUUGUAAGCUGUUACAAACAAUACACUUUUAUUCAGAAA